UGUCAGCUGUCCACUGUGAAAGAGAAAUUAGACUCUGUGGAAGAAGAGAAGUACAAGAUAAUCCAAGAGCUGGAGGCCAAACUGUCAACCCACGAGGAAGUUGUCCAACAGCUGAACGAGGUUAUCAAUGAGACAGUGGAGGAGAAGCAGAGUAAAGAAGAGGAACUUGUCACUCUCAGGGCUAAAGUCAGCCGAUUGGAGCUGCGCUUGAAUACAGGGAGUAACAGCAAUGAUGAACUGCAGGACACAAUCUCCAACCUGGAGCAGCAGCUAGCCUCAUCGCAGAAGGACAGGGAAACAGAAGUCAGCGCCUUGCGAAGUAACAUCAACAUGCUGGAGAAACAGUUGGAGGACCUUCGCCAGCGAGAUGGGUCUGAGAUUCUGGGCCUGCAUGACCAGAUAGCUGAGCUGGAGGGAGCGCUGGCAGCAUCUCACCAGCACAACACCUCUGAUGACGCCUUUGCAGAUGAACAGAAGAAUACUGCAGAGGAACUGGUGAAGAAAAAUCAGGAGAUUGCACAUCUGGAACAACAGCUGUCAGACCUGGAGAAACGCAGGCGGGCAUACAGCACAUCGGACACAGAGGUCAUCGAACUCCGCAAAACCUUGGACGAAGCAUUGCUGCAGUGUGAAGUACUUCUGGCGGAAAAGACUACCCUGGAAACUGCCAUUGGAGACCUGGAAGACUACAACAGUAGGCUGAAUGCAGACUUCCAUCAUAUAGUUGUUCAGAAGGACCAGCUGCAGGACCAGCUGAAGAUGAAGGAGGAGGAGCUGAAUGAGCUGGAGGAGUUCACCCGGCUGGAGAGGGAGAUGCAUGAGGAGGAGAGGAGGGCUCAGCAAACUGACAUGACUGAGAACAAGCCUUCUGAAGAUGAACUAGCAGCGCUCAGGAAGACAGCUGCUGAUGCAGAGGCUGUUACUUUGGAAACCAACAAGAAACUGACCGAAGUAUCUGAUGAGAAAGAAGAGCUGGUCUCCAGAUUGGCUGGACUAGAGAAGCAGCUUGAGGAGCUGGAGAGGGAGAAGGCAGACGCUGACUCUUACCUACACCUGGAGAAGGAGCAACACCAGCGGAUGGUUACAGAUCUCAGGGAUCAGCUGCAGAAGUCCUAUGAUGAGAGUGCCCAGCUGCGUCUGCUGGUGGAAGGGGAUACCACAGUGGACCUUUCAGCCCAGGAGCAGUCUACUGAGAAGAUUAACGCCCUCCAGGAGAAGCUGCAGGAACUGCAGGCAGCUCUCCAUGCCAUGACUGCAGAGAGAGACCAGGUCAGGCUGGACCUGGGAGAGGCUGUGGAACAGGUUAUGGAUUCCCAAGAAGAGCUGUACAAACUACAGCAGACCUACAGUGAUCUAAAGACCAGACAUGACCAGCUGAGUCAGGAACUUCAGGACAUACAGGCACAGGGACAGAACACAGAGGCAGGGCCUGACACUGAGGGGAAGGCCCACAGACUAGAGGCUGAACUGCAGGCAACAGUCGCCAGGCUGACUGAGGCUGAAGAAGCCUUAAAGGCUCGUGUAGCAGAACUGGAGGGACAAGCUCAGGAUGCAGCUGCAAAGGAGGAGGAACUGAUUCAGCUGAGAGAGGACCUAGCCACUAGCCAAGGGAGUGUGGACAAAUUGUUGGAACAGCUGAGUGCCCUAGAACCCAAAGAAGCGGAAAAUUCAAAUCAGAAUGAAACUACACAUCUAAGAGAGGAGCUUGCUGCAAAGGAUAGCCAGUUGGAGCAGAUGUCUGAACAGUUGAAGACUUUUGAACAGAAGUCAGCAGAAGAUUCACUCCAGGUGUCUACAUUGAAAGAUAAGCUGUCCAGCAUGGAAUCAGACUUAACAAAAGCACACAAGCAAAUUGAAGACCUCCAGGAGAUCAGUGUCGACGAGGCUGAUCUGUCCAAACAGCCAAAAGAUGUUCAGCUGCUUCAUGAACAGCUACACCAGGCCAGGAUGGCGCAUGCAGAGUUGCAGAAGCGGUAUGAGAGGCUGGAACACGAUCUCAGCUGUGCUCAGGAUUCCAAGCUAGCCGAAGAAAACAAGGACAUCUUCCAGCAGCAGAAAAUCACACAGCUGGAGAUGGCACGGCGAGAGUCGAUGGCCGUCUCAUCUAAAACAAUGGAGGACAACAGGAAGGAGAUAGACAGUCUGACCAAGCAGAUGUGUGACCUCCAGGCUAAACUUCAGCACCAGAUGUUGGAGUGUCAGCAGGCGGUACAUGAGCGGGAGAAGGCUGUGGCCAAACUGGAGGACUACAAGGUCCAGGUGCGAGACCUGGAGAACCUGCAUUCCAGCCAUGCAGCAAGCACCAACAGGCACCAGAACAUGGACCCUGACAAGAUGAUGAAGAUCAUAAAGCAGCUGGAACUGAAAUUGGAUCUCACCGGACAGAAAGUUCAGAAACUGGAAAAGGACAACAAGAAACUGCAAGAACUAGAGGACACAUGUGACAGGCUUCAGUUUGCCAAGAGCCAGCUGCAGGGGGAGGUGGAGAGGUCCAAGCUGGCGCUGGAGACUGAGAGGGAACAGAACUCCAUCCAGCAACGCCGCAACAACAACUCCAACCUAGAGAUGGUGGAGAUGAGACGACAGGUGGAAAAAUUUGCAGAGGAGGCUAGAACGGCCUCAGGAAUGGUGGCUGCUAAGGAAGAGGAGAUCAAAGCUCUACAGGAGGACCUGCAGGCUGCCAGGAACAAGCUUCAGCAGGGCAGCGGCAGCUCACAGGAACAACACAAAAUCAUCAUGGAGCUCAAACAACAACUACAGUUUGCUGAGGAUGAAGUAGAAGUGACCAAAGGACAGCUUGGUGCUGCAGAGGAGAAUCUCCAUGCCAGCCAAGAGAGACUAACAGAGACAGAAGGAAGGCUAGACAAGACUUCCAGGGAUCUACAAGAAGCUGGGCAACAGGUUGAGAAGCUGAUGAAGGACUGUAGACAGCUGCAGGACAAGUGCUCUGAGCUGGAGGAGGUCGGGAACAGUACGGCUGCAGCCGCUGACCAGCGUGUGACAGACUUGCAGAGCAGACUGUCCAGUCUGGAGACAGAGAGGGACACCCUCCUACAGGACCUCAGGUCCAUCAGUGGACAGAAGGGGCAGUUACAGAAAGAUAUGGAGAAGCUACAGGAAGACCACACUAGCAAGGUCAACUCCCUCUGUGACCAGCUAACAGCUGUGGAGGAGGAGAAGGACAGCCUGAGACAGCAGCUGUGUCAACAAGGGGAGACGGGACAGGCGCUGGCCAACCUACAGGCCAAACUGGACCAGGCACACGACAACCUCAAGUUGGAAACAGCUAAGGUAGGCGGCUUACACAUUGAGCUCUCCAAGACCAAGGAAGCCCUGGCAGAGGUGGAAGCACAGGUGUGUGGGCUGCGGACAGACCUGACAGACAAGGACAGCCAGGUGGCAGCUGCAGAGGGUGCAGCACAGCAGCUACACUCACAGCUGCUGCAGGUGCGCACAGACACCGCCACCCUCCACACACAGCUGGAAGAAGCCAGAAGUCAUUCUGAGGACCUCUCUGCUAAGCUGACAGAGACACAGGCAGACCUUAGAGACCUUCAAGACAAAUACCACAACUCACGCCUGGAGGUCAACGAUCUACAGGAUGUGACCAAUGAGUUUAAGGAAGAGAAUGCAGCCCUGGCCGGCCAGGUAUCCCAGCUGGAGUCAGACCUGACGCAGACAAGAGAACGUGUGUUCUACCUGGAGGACAGGCUAAAGGAGGCAUCAUCCCAGCAGACUGAUGACUCAGAGCUCCAGAGCCUCAUGACUAGACUAGCUAACCUUCAGGAGGAAGGACAACAAGAGAAAAAGAAGUUUGAGGAACAAAUUUCAAAUCUGUUGGACCAACUGGACAAGAAGGAGACCAAGGUGCAGAAGCUUCAGAAGGAGCUAGAGGAAUUCCAGGAGUUCCAUAGCCGGGAGUAUGAGCGGCUGGAGAAGUGUUGUGAUGAGUCAGAUGCUGAGCUGGAAGAGGCAAAGCGGGAGCUCAAACAAUAUAAAGAGGCAGCUGCAGCCCAGAAGCAGACAGAACAGCAAAAUGAGGAAGUGGAAACUCUCAAGGCCAAGAUCAUAACUCUGGAAAAACAGGCUGAAAAAUCACGACAGGACCUGGAAGACCAACUAGACAAGAAGACAGCAAAGGUGCAGGAGCUUCAGAAAGAGCUGGAGGAAUUCCAGGAGUUCCAUAGUCGGGAGUACCAGCGACUGGAGAAGUGUUGUGAUGAGUCAGAUGCUGAGCUGGAAGAGGCAAAGCGAGAGCUUAAACAAUAUAAAGAGUCUAUGGUCCAGCCGAGCAGCUCACAGGAAGUACAGGGGCUCAGGACUAGAUUCACUGCCUUCCAGCAGUCAGCUGUGCAAGAGAAGGAGGCCCUACAACAGGAGAACAAGGCCCUAGAGUCAGAGCUGGCCACGUCUAAAAUGCAGAUAGCAGGCCUCCAGCAUGACCUGCAGAUUGCCGUGGAUCCUUACAAAAAGAGGCUGAGAGUGCUUGAAGAAGACAACUUGAAACUCAGGCAAGACGUACGGGACAGGGAAAACGAGAUCCGCCGUCUUCGCCAGAACAUGGAUGACAGCUUCCAACAGCCCAAGGAGGCAGCGAUCUACAGCAGCGGCUCAGGAAUAGUCAACAGCACGGCUGUCUACAUCCUGGAGGCCGAAAAGUCCAGGCUCAACGGGAAGGUCAAACAGCUGACCUCUCAAGUACAGAAACUGACCGAGGCUCUGGACAAGAGCAGGGGCGAUGGCACUGACAUUAGACGGCAGUUUGAGGAGGCAGUGCGAGAGAAGAAACGUCUGGAAGAGUACAUCAGCCACCUGCGGCACCGGCACACCAGCCGGCAGAGCCAUCAGGAACCGACCAGUGCCGUGCCCGGGCCUGUGGCAAGGACUAUGUUAGAAGGUCUCCAGAACAGUCCGAGUAAGGCCGGCAGUCCCCGGCUGCCCCUGAGCCCUGCCCGUGUGGGGACCGUGAGUCAGGCAUCCGGGGCUGCAGGCAUCGCCCAGCGGGCACAGACUGGAGAAAACUGGAUGGAACUGUUUGACUAUGGGGAGGAUGACAAAGACCUUCACAAAGAUAACCCCAACUGUAAAGUUAGCUAAGCUCCAGGGAUGGUUCGUCCAAUCAUUCAGUUUGUACGUAUAUUCAUGUAUAGUAUGUAUAGAAUGAGCUUGUAGAUUAUGGUGUCUCUGAGAAAUAAAGUCUUUUUUUCUAUUGUGCAACCCUGGAACUGUACACUUCAAACCUGUAUUCUUACUGUCUUUUACUAUUUGGUGAAGUGAAUACGAUUUUCUUUUAAUAGCUGGAGUUACUAUAAAGGAUUUCUGUAGUAUAUUGUUAUUUGUAAAUGAUCAUCGAUACACAAAUAACUGAUACAGCAAAUAUAGAAAUAUAUAAGUUUUGCAGAGUAUUGUCUAUUUCAGAUGCUAGUAAUGCAAGAUUCAUAUCUUUUGCCCCUACAACUUUAGCAUUCUACAUUCCUAUUCUUUGCAAUUCUAUCAUUUGGUAAAGUGAAUAAAAUAAUUAGUGGCUUUUAACAUUUACUGAAUAAAGCAGUUAUGUAGUAUAUUGUUUUGAUUGUGAACAUCAGUAAACAAAUUGCGGAUAUGGUAAAUAGUCUGAAGUGAAUUUUUAAUAUGUACUUAAUAAAACUUUUGAGAACUU